AUGAAUCGAAUCCUGUACUCCGGGCUUUCACUUUGCUUCUAUGCUGUAUGGACCAAUGCCUUGGCCAUAUCUGAAGCUACCAAGCGGCCAGAAGCUGGGUACAUCUAUCAGCCUGCACCAACUCCCAUGUUCGACUUUCAGGCCCUGAAGCACCUGGACCUUGGAAAACGGCAAGCAUCUUCCACAGUCGAAACAACCUUGACAGUCGUCGUCAGUCCUGAUUCAACUUGUGGCUUCCUAUCAGGAUCACCUGGAAAUGCAAUUACUUGUGCAAACGGAGCCCGGUGCAGCUGGGAACUGGCUCACAUUACCGCCAUAGUCUGCGGCACAGCUGCGUAUCUCCAGUGCUAUGACAGAGAUUAUGCUCUGAAUACUGAGUCUUGUGACGACGUUUGUCAGGAGAAUACUUACAAUCUUCUCUGCACCGAUAGAUCGGCCCCGUACUGUGGAACGUAUGCUUAUCCUUCUGGCAUCCGAGCCUUCAAGUGUUCAUCCCGCAGUAUGGCAAGAUUCCAAAGCGUAUCUUUCACCUACAAUAACCAGGAUGAUCGUACUUUCUCAACAACAACAUUUGCUCUCGACGCGACUACGACGUUGGGACCUAUCGAAACGGACACAUCACCGACUGGAAACGAAGAGCCUACAGAUACGUCGAAUCCCAAUGGAAGUAGUGAACCCAAGCCUACAGAGACUACAGAGACUGGUAGUGGUGGAUCUAAAACCAAUGUUGGAGCCAUAGUCGGUGGUUCCAUCGGCGGCUUCCUCGUGCUCUCAUUCCUAGUCCUUGGAGUAUUAUGGGUUCUCCGGAAGAACAGGAGAAACGAAAAUCCCCCUCCUGUUCAAGAAGUUCAACCAGCUGUGGUUCCGCAGCAUAACAUUCCCCAGACUCCGGGGGAUAGCGUGCCCCCUAUGAAUCAGAACUAUCCGAAACCUGGAGUCGCCUCACCUACCACAACUGAGUGGCGUGGAUCUACAAUGACGGCACAGAGCCCAAGCAGUCCUGUUUCAACUUGGACUGGACAGUAUCCUAGUUCUGCAGCGGAUCAAGUUACUUAUCAGGAGAUGCCUGGAAGCCCUCCUUAUACCCGUUGA